AACAUGAUAAAACAUUUAUUCUGUGUAAUCUUGCUGCACCGACGGAUCAGUUGCAUUGGGCAAACAUGGCUAAAGAUAUGCAUAUCACUUCACUAGGAAAGUUGUAUUGCUCAUCGAAGAAUAAUUUGGUGUGCGCUUGUAUUGCAAUUGCAUGAAAAUAGAUAUUAUUGUUGAUAACACAAUUUCUUUUUUGAUAACUUGGAUCAUACCUUUGCUUUUUUAACUGAAAAUCACAGCGAUUGCAAUGAAUAUAUUUAACACUCGGUGGUUGUUGUAUUUCAUCUGGAUUAGCAGUCAUCAGUCAGUGAUGCAGUGCUUAGAAUUUGACAAGUGGUUCUCGAUUCCUGAGUUGCUCGGAUACCAGUACACUGUAACGAAUGAAAAUGCGACGUAUAAAGAAUGCAAGAAGAACUGCUUUGAUAAAUACAACGGAUCUCUUGCUAAGCAACUAGCCGGUUUUGUGCCAAAUUUCAAAACCGCUUUCGAGAUGUUCGAUCUGAUGAAACAUGAAAUAUAUUUUGCAUGGACAGAAGCUAACCAAACAUGUGCACAAAUAGUUGUAACACAUACUGAGGUAUUUUUAUUCCCAACUGAAAACUGCUCGAGUCCGGCACACUGCCUCUGUGAACAAUUGUUUCCAAAUACAGAGUUUGAAAAGUGGUUCUCGGUACUCAAGUUCCAAGAAUACCAGUUCAUUGUAACCAAAGCAAAUAGGACAUAUGAAGAGUGCAAAAAGACAUGCAUCAGUAAAUACAACGGAUCUCUUGUUGUGCAACGUUCCGAGUUUUUACAAAACUUGAAAACCGUUCUGUUGGCAACUCGCAUGCAUUUUUUCGCGUGGACAGAAGCUGAAGAAACAUGUGGAAUGAUUAUCGCAAUACCAACUAACGUAUGGGCGUAUAGGAAUGCUAGCUGCUCCUCACCGGCACACUGCCUUUGCGAACAAUUAAUCACAACCACAGAGUCACUGUCAGGAUCAACACUGCCCGACUUUAAUCAGAGCACAUGGAUUCUGGACAAUCUCAACGAGUAUUUCGUCAGCUACUACAAGUCCACACUCCCCGAAGCACGUGCAUUCUGCAAGACGUUGAACGCGACACUCGUGGCUUUUAGAGAUGUUGCUCAGUACUUGAAGCUUAGUGGCAGAAUCCAACUUCAUGCGGCUGAAUAUUGGGUCGAUGACGCAAUGCCUGUUGACAACUCUACGUGUCUGAAGCUGAACGCGGCUGAAGGUAGUCUUCAGUCACGUGACUGCAGUGAACUGGCCUACAGUAUCUGUAACAGAUUUGCAUUCCAAAACAACAUUUCGCAGGUUCUGGAGCGACCCGAGUUUGUUGAGAUGAUUCGAGAGAUGACAGUAGUGAAAAACACGACGUCAAUGACUGUGAGGAAACUUAAGUCUGCUGAAGACAAGAGGACCGUUGCUAAGGUCAGCGGAACUGUCGCCAUUUGCAUGAUGGCGGGAACAUUUUUGAUUAUCUUCUUGAGCGAUUUCUCGAGGAUUCUGAGAACAGUUUUUAAUUAGACAUAUAAACAGACACUAAUUAUUUCAGAACAGAAAGCUUCAUCUUCUGAGUGCAUGACUUGUAGAUAUUUUAUAAUAUAAAUCAAAGAUUAGUAAAUAAAUAAAUUGUUGCCACAA